AUGCCAAAAACGGCUAGUAAUGACCAAGUGAAUUUGCCGGACGGAGUAAUUUUUCAGCAUCAACAGCAAAAGCGAAAUAUCAGCAGUCAGGAGUAUCCAAUAACAUUAAUUUUGCCUACCAGUGGUAAAUUAUUCUACGACAAAAAGCAAGACCUUCAAUUUUGCAAACCACAACUCCUUCCUCUAAAAUCAAUCAGUUUAGAGAAACUGGAAAAAAUGCAACAGGAAGCACAUCGCCAGUUACAAGAAAAUCGCGUUGAUACCGCUGCUGAAAAAUUUUAA